AUUCAGCGAAAAGUCAUGAGCAUAGCAUGUUCAGAACAGAAUAUACAAAAGUGCUGUUGCAGUACCAAAGAGGGCCCCUAUCGGCCCAAAUCUAAUUAUUUUCACAUGAUGUGGGGCCACCUUAUCCACACAGCGUAUAUCAUUACAUUCCAUUCAUACCUGAAAGAGUUAUGCUAUCCACAAACAAACGGACAAACACUAUUGGAAACAUAACCUCCAGGGUGGAGGUAAUGACUUUAAUGGUGAUUUCUGCAGGUGUGGCGAUGUCCCGUCUUCCCCUGGUGUGAUCCGGACUGCAUAGCUGAGAUGCUGCCUGUGUUCCUUCGCCGUCUCGACAGCCAGACUUUUGCCACAGACGCAGACAAAGGCGCAUCGCUCUACUGGAAGAUGAUGUGCCUGUUGUUGCACGCCUUCAGGGACUGUCAGGAGGCUGACUGUCCAGUAGACAAGGCCCUGGCCCAAGGAUUUGCCAGCAUUCCACCUGAGGAACGUGAGCGCAUGGUCUGGCUCCCCCCACCUGGACGUGAGGACGCCCGCCGCCUGGUAACAGCAGCAGACAUCGGAGACCCCAGCCCAGUCCUGAUAGCGGCAGUACGUGACGGAAUCUGGUACCGCCUGGUGGAACACACUGCCUUCCGGGCGCUUGAUCUAUCAGAGCUUCUGGCGAAGGAAGAGGACAUAGACGUCGACACUACGCUGACGACUCUCCUCCACACGACUCUGUUUGAUUACUAUGAUAUUGUUCAGGCCGUCAGAUUCUCAGGGAACUCGUCUCUUACGUGUGUGUUACGUCAGCUUAGGAUGGUCAAGGGGUGUGUCUUAUGGUAG